GCCUCUGCCCUUGGGUUGCCACCGAGUAGCCAGCAGAUGCUCGAAGUUUCAUGUUUUUCCUCCACUCUUCCUUUGACCCUCUCCAUUAGAGCGCCGCCAGAGAAAAAAAUAAAUCCUUUCACGCAGAAACGAACUGCGGCGGUUCUGGAGCUGAUCUGCGAGACCGAGGACAUGAAGAAGGCAUUUCGCAUGUUAGACACCUACGUUUUGCGAAGCAUCAUCAAGAAGAAAUGGUUUCAUUACCGAAAGUACUUUUGGACAUGGUUCCUGCUGCACAUUCUCUGGAUGACUCUGCUGUCAACCUACGCCAUAUACAGGGCCAAGCUGAUUCCCACUGCCUUACUGGCAGGGUCCAACGCUACAAACGUCACAUCCGGACCCAGUGACAUGCACAGGAAGUUUGUGGAUGGAGUGGCAGGACUGUCAAUAGUUGGCGGCGUGUUCCUGUUGCUGAUUGAAUUCAUACGGUACUUCCUACGAGGACAGCCGUUAGCACUGCUGUCGGUUCAUUAUAACGGUGUUUACCGGUUGUUCCAGCUUCUCGUGGGUCUGAGUCUAUUUAUAGAUGGCAUUUGGUACUUCACAACAGGACCAGAGAACAACUACUUUCUCAUACUGGAGCUUCUUGUUGGGUGGUGGUUCUUAACCUUCUUCCUCAGACCCUUUUACUGGUUCAGCUACUACACGGUGUUGCUUCAGAAGGUGCUUCUAGGGGAUAUGAUCAGGUUCUGUCUUAUUAUCUCCCUGGAGCUCUUGGCUUUCUCGCUGUCCAUGUACAUUGUCUACAUUCCCUCUGACGGCGGCCCGCCUGAUGGUCUUCACGGUCUCAACUUCACUUUGCUGACCAUGUUCAACCUGAUGAUGGGACUUAACGGUCUGGAAGACCUGUACACUGCGCCCCGCCCAUGGCUUGCCAUUGCCCUCUACAUCGGCUUUGUGCUGCUGACGAGUCUGCUGAUGCUCAAUUCUCUCAUCGCCAUGAUGUCCAACACGUGCAACCUGGUGUCAGAGGACAAGGUUAAGCAGAGCGAUCUGCAACGACUGUCCGUGGUGCUGAUGAUCGAAGGCAUGUUGCCUGGCUGUCUGACCUGCAACUCUGGAAAAGACACUCUCUUCAGCUACUACGACUACCGCCGUGAACAAAAAGCCCGAGAAAUUCGGUAUUUCACAAAGAUAACAUCAGUAUCGAUAAAUGGCAGUCAGAUGACUCAGACACGCGAUCUGCAGAAACAGAAGCCGAGUAGGACCAAGGACACAGAAGGGUCAAGCACCAUGGAGCAAGAGACAUUGAACACAACAGAGGGCAAGAAGAAAAGCAGUGGUGACAAGCACCAUUGUGUCACCAGCAGUGAUCUCCUUAAAUGUUGCACCUCCUACAACCAUCAACUUCACCGGAAAACAACCAAGACGACUAACAACUUUGUCUACAGACACUUAAGACACUCAAUGAAAAGUUGUUUCUUUUCUUGAGUUAAAGCUCUUCUAUUUACAAACAUUGAUGUAUGUUGCUGACACUGUAGAUAGCCAUCUAUAUGAGCACUGAAGAUACCCUUUCCCUACGUUGGAACAGUCCAAUGGUGCAAAGGUAAUUGGCAGUAACAACGCGAGGAUCGGGUGCUUUGUGUUCAAAUCUCCUCUUAGGCAGAGUUCAUUUAUUUUUCCUAUUUACAAAAGUUCACAGGUAUCAUAUCGAGUCCUCUGUUAGCCUUUUCCUUCAAAUCCAGCGUUUGUUUUCCUUGGCAUAUGAUUUUGUCUCAUAACAGCCGGAGGGGAUAUACUAAUUCUAUUUCAAUAUUGAUGUAUAUGGCAUGGACUGGUGUAGUCCUAACAGUUUGAGUUAUUUGUAUUAAGUUUGUUUAAUAGUAUAUUCACAUAAUUAGUAGUAGAGGAAAUAAAAAUUAUACAAUAACCAUA